CUCCUCCCUGGAGAAGCCCCGCCCUCUCCGACCGCCCAGUAUAAGUCAAGUCUUGGGCGCUUUGCGAAGCAUUCAGAGCGGCCUCCCGGGAAGGAGUUUCUGUGAGCUUCUGUACAUCAGGAUGGUGCAGGCCAAGAGCUGGACCCUGAAGAAGCACUUUGAAGGCUUCCCUACUGACAGUAACUUUGAAUUGAAGACAACAGAUCUUCCACCCUUAAAAAAUGGAGAGGUCCUGCUGGAAGCCCUGUUCCUCUCUGUGGAUCCUUACAUGAGAGUUGCAGCAAAAAAACUGAAGGAGGGCGACAGUAUGAUGGGCGAGCAAGUGGCCAGAGUUGUGGAAAGUAAAAACUCAGCCUUCCCGACAGGAACGAUUGUAGUGGCUUUAUUGGGUUGGACAUCACAUUCCAUUUCUGAUGGGAAUGGACUGAGAAAGCUGCCUGCAGAGUGGCCAGACAAGUUACCACUGUCUUUGGCUUUGGGAACAGUUGGCAUGCCAGGGUUUCAGAGGCUUCAGUUCAUCACUGUUUCUUUGAUGGACAUGGAUGAUCAUGGUGCCAGGGGAAUUAUGGAGCAGACUUGCCUAUCCUUUGGCACCCAGGAAGAAGAGAAACACAGGGCAGUGGGCUCUGUUGUGGGGCAGAUAGCUAAGCUCAAGGGCUGCAAAGUUGUUGGUACAGCUGGGUCUGAUGAAAAGGUUGCUUAUCUUAAGAAGCUUGGAUUCGACGUGGCCUUUAACUACAAGACAGUGAAGUCAUUGGAAGAAGCUCUGAGGACAGCCUCUCCGGGUGGUUAUGAUUGCUAUUUUGAUAAUGUAGGUGGAGAGUUUUCAAACACUGUUAUACUCCAGAUGAAGACAUUUGGAAGAAUUGCCAUCUGUGGUGCCAUCUCUCAAUACAACCGCACUGGCCCAUGUCCCCAAGGCCCACCCCCAGAGGUUGUUAUAUAUCAGCAGCUCCGCAUGGAGGGGUUCAUCGUUACUCGGUGGCAAGGAGAAGUCCGCCAGAAGGCUCUGACAGACUUGAUGAAUUGGGUCUCCGAGGGUAAAAUCCAGUAUCAUGAACACAUCACUGAAGGAUUUGAGAAAAUGCCCGCAGCGUUCAUGGGAAUGUUGAAAGGAGAAAAUCUGGGGAAGGCCAUAGUGAAAGCAUGAAAAAAAAAUGGCCCACGGAUCAUCCCUGGAGGAUUAGCUUUACCAUUCAGUACAAAUAUAUAAUGCCUUAUGUAAGUUGUAACUGCAAGGAGUUUGACCUAUCUAAUAAAACACGUGUGGUUCUUUUCCAUCUGG